UGCUGCUCUCUCCCGGUUGCAGCCCAUCAGAUCCUCCGCUGCCUCCUCCAGCAGCUCCAGUCCCACUUUACGCAGCAGCUGCGCGCUGAUCAGACCGGGACGGAGCCAAAGUUUCUCUCUCAGCUCGUCUCUCUCUCCUCUCUCCUUCUCCUGCUCCGCAUGAGAAGCUCCAUUGGACGCAUGGAGAUCUAAUUUUGCAACAAUUUUCGCCCAACUCUGUGGAAGUUAGUUGUUGUGGCGCUGUUGUUGUUUUGGCUUGUUCCCUUGGUUUUUAUGGUCUGCUCAUGCGUCGGGAAUGCCAUGGCCACUCCGAGCGCACAGCAGCAGCACCAGGAUUAUUUCAGAUCGGUCAGCAGCGAGUCCACCACCUACAUGAUGGUCCCGGCCGGCGGGCCGAGCGGGACGAGGCGCCGGGAAGCGCCGUCCAAGAUGUGGGUGGCGAUGGUGGUGAUAGUGGUGGUGGUGCUGCAGAUCGCCUCCACCACGGGGCUCUUCCUCUACCUGAACAUGUCCAUAUCUCAGGUGCGUAGCCAGGGGGUGACAGAGGAGCUGAAGUGUCUGAGUUUACUGAACGCUCUGGACAAGGACCAGGACAUCCCAGACCAGCUGGCCCAGCUCUUCGGAGAGCCCUGCAUCAAACUGGCCGAAGGCAUCAAAGCCUACAUCUCCAAGGUGACAGAGAGCAUCAUCUCCAAACAAACCUUCAUAGAGAGGAGAACCAUGCCUCGCUCCUUCAACAACAACACGGGGUCAAAGUUCAUGACCCCACAGAGGCCAUCUGCCCACUUGACCCUCAGAGACACCGGCUCUCAAGGGUUCCCUUCGUACCCGAUCCCCACGCCGGGUCUCCACCAGUCCUGCCGUCACGUGGUCCGCACGUGGGCCAAUCAGAGCUUCGGGGCUCACCUGCACAACAUGACGCUGUCCAAUGGGAAGCUGCGAGUGCCCCAGGAUGGGCGGUACUACCUGUACUCACAGGUGUAUUUCCGUUAUCCGUCUCCAGCAGCCAGUGACGCCGACCAGCGCAGCGUCAGCCACCAGCUGGUUCAGUGUGUCUACAAGAAGACCUCCUACCCCAGCCCCAUACAGCUCCUGAAGGGGGUGGGGACUAAGUGCUGGGCUCCAGACGCCGAGUACGCCCUGCACUCCGUCUACCAGGGAGGACUGUUCGAGCUGAGGGCCGGCGACGAGCUCUUCGUCUCCGUCUCCUCUCCCACCAUGGUCAACGCCGACGACUCCUCCAGCUACUUUGGCGCCUUCCGCCUGGACCUCUGAGAGGAAAGGACGGAAGAGAAGAAAGAUGGAUAACUGGGUGGGCUGAAGACGAGGAGUUAGGGGCCUUUUUGAAUAUCCGUUGAUUGGGAAAAAAAGUGUCAUUUAGGCAGAGCUGCGGGAUGUCGGUCCUCAAAGUUGGCUUGGACGGAAACACUGAAGGAUCUGGGGUUUUAAAGGCUUCGCUUGAGUGAAAGGAAAAAGAAAGUUUGUCUUCCUUACUCUCCAUUGAAAGUGAAACCGAACCGUUAAGAGCAAAGAUAUACAAAGACACAUGUGCGAUCGCGGGAAAAUAAAUGUGAGGAGAUCGAUUUUCUGUUGGUUCUUGGGGAAGGAAAUUGCCUUUUGGAAGUCAAAAAGAGAAGUAAACCACAUGAAAACCCUUAAAAAAAAAAUAAAAAACCUUCCUGCUAGAGAAUUAUCCCAAAGAAAUUAGGCCUCGCUGCUGCGUCGAACCCCAAAGCAACAUGAAUCUCAGCACAGCUCGCACGUCAGCAGCAUUUUUGUGGGAAGCAAUCGGACCCCUCGGAUUUGGAUUGAAGACCGAAGAAUGUACGCUCAAUAAAAACUCAAUCCUCUGCGUCGAAGAUGUGAGGACGGACUGUGGAAAAGGCAAACGAUCAAACCAAAGUUAGAAGAAAUUGUGGAAUAAACUUUUGCAAAAGCGUGCCAUGAGAGUACUGUAAAUAUGAACGGCUGAGAAUGAGACGUAGACAAUGAACUGUGGUGAUUUUAAAAGUAAUUUGUGUGUAUUUUAUCUUUGACUGGACUUAAAACCACUUGGAUUCCGCUGAGGACUUUGUACACUUCGUCUGUGGAUUUUACGCAAAGACAUUUUUGGAGGAGGAGAAGGAUUAUUUACAGAAAAAUGACUGUGAGAAGCAACGUAGAGUGCCUUUUUCUUGAACAUUAAGAGUCUGAGGAGUGAAAAGAAGGACGAGGAACGGGGCAGAAAGCUUGUAAAAGCCCUUAAGAAUGAAAAAAGGAAAGAAGAGAGAGGGAAAAAAGAGGCCGGAGGGUGGCAUGCAGCCCGACCAGUACUGUGUUGUUGAUCUCUUCUCUCUCUUUCACUUUCCAGAGCAAUCUUUUGUCUUUUCUUGUCAAGAAUUUUAAAUAUCUUGUCUUUCUUGUUUACCCUGUGAAGCUGCAUUCAGUUUUUAUUUUAAGGAGAAUCAACCAGCCAGAAAAUAACACAACGACAUUAUGAGGACAAGAUGACACACACACAUGCAAACAUUCACCAACACAAAGAACACAGGCCUGGUUUAUGUGGUUUCAGAUCAAAGAAAAAGGUCCAGGAAAGUUGUUUCUGCAGUAUAUUAAGAGGCAUGUUUGAAGCUGCUUCACACUGAAAUAUCGGCUACUACUUGACUUAACUGUCCCUUAACCCAUUUAGGCCUAAAACGCCUAGAAAAAAUGCCUGUAAAACCUAUACACUGUAAUAAAAAAUAUAUAUAUAUAUAAACAAUAGCUACUCAAUGAAAUUUAGGCAACAGAUUGCCAGCAAUAUUAUUAAUGAAAUCUAACUACAUUACAAGUUGAGUUAAUAACAACUUAACAGGAAGUGCCUGUCAAUUAAAAACUGACUAAUUCUAUUGUGUUGGAUUCAUUCAAAUUUCUCUUGAUUUAGAAUAACAUACACAUAAAGAUUAUAUUUAACCCUCUGGAGUCCACGAAAGCGCCGGAGCACGACUUCUUCAUGACUUCAAAAAAAGACACAAAAAGACACAAAAUGACUAGAAAAGAGAGACAAAAUGACAAAAAAGAAACAACAACAGACACAAAAUGACCAAAAAAGACACAAAAAGACAUGAAAAGGAUUAAAAAAUGGACAAAAUAGUCCAAGACUCCAUAGAGUUAAUGUGAUCAAAAUAAGUAGAUUCUAUCUCAAACCUUUUAUAUUAAAGUUACUUAAACAACCGCCUCAAAAUCAAGGACAAAUUUAUAUUUAAUACAAUUUAUCAAAUAUAUUAAAAUGAAAUGACUACAGAAUAAUUUAUUACAGUGUGCGUAAUGGUAGAAUAAAAACAACAA